AUGAAUUAUGAUAUGAAGGAAUCUGUUCCUCUCAUACGGGGCGUCUCAGAUAAAAUUGAAAACGGAACAAUCGACCUUAUCGUUAAAAUGGUCAACGCCGUCAUCUUUCAAACAAAACUCGAUCCACUUUUCGCUGCUGACCAAGAAGCUACUCUCUUCCACAGCGCCAAGCAAUUCAUCCGUCCAAAAUACAAAACACAAUAUCUUCUAAAAUACUUCGAUUACUACAGCAUCGAUGACGUCCUAGACGAAGCAGGGUUGAUUUUUACUGGCUCGGAAGUGAGCAAUUUCCCGGAGCACAAGUGCUUUGAAGCCGGAGAUUCUGUCCAAGAACGAAUCGGAAGAAUCUUUGAUUAUGCAUUGAAUAUCAUCAUGAAUGACGCGAAGGAAAAUCCAAAUGAAAAGGGAGCGACUUAUGUUCCAAGUGAAGACGUUUUCAGACAACUUAAAGUUCUCAAAGAAGUCGCACUUCCUGUAAAACGGCGACUUCAUGGAGUAGACAUGGCUGUUGAACAAUAUUUAUUCUUCAUAUCUGAGUUGCUCGGAAAACAUAUCGAAGAAGAACCAGACGUCACUCUUUCAACCUUAGUCGACUACAUAGAACAGUUUUUGGAUAUUAUGCCAGACGCUGUUCAUCGCUUUGCUUCAGAGAAUUCUUUCUCUGGUGUCAAUAUGCUCAACAAGAAGCACUUUAAUUCAAAGAUUGGGAAUAUGUUUACGAUCGCAAACUCGUAUCCUCUUCAGUCCUUGCUCAGCAAUUGGAUCGGCGCAGGGGGAGAGGACGAACACAAAACUCGAAUGGAUCAAGUUCUAGCGCUAGAAAAUCAGUACAAACUCAGCCAAAUACCCUCUUCUCUUGGGAAGAACAUCGAGAGCCAUUACUCCGAAGAGCCAACAGUGAAGAUAUGGAAUUUAAUCAAAGGACUGCGAGUAGAAAGAGCCGAGGCGGAGCUCAAGACCUGGAAAAACUAUGGACGAGUAGAACUAGACCUGGAGUUUUUAAGAAGAGUAUUUGAUCCUAGGAGAAAGAAUUUGAAGGUUUUGCAUCUGUUGCAGGAUGUUGGCGGUCUGAGCGCAGCUGAAGUUGAUUAUAUAGCAAAAAGCGAUGUCUUGCUAACGCGAGCUUCGAAGCUUGCUCGGCCAGAACUCCUCGAGUCAUUUUCUUCGACCAAGUCUGAAGAUUUUUAUUCAAGGGACUUCAACAACCUGAUGUUCCGAUCAAGUCUACCUUCUUCAGCUUCAAACUCUCUUCCUGACGUUUUGCGAGAGCUAGAAGAUGCCCGGGCGAACUCGAGUCUCAAGAUGCGCCGCAUAAAUGGAUACAUCGCAACUUUGCCUCUUUCUGAUUUCGCCUCAACGAUCUCUAUACUAAACCCUCGUGAAACUGUGGCUGUUCUCAAAAGUGUUCUUCGAGGAGUCAGAAUUGGAUGUACCGAUAAGAUUGCUCCCUACUGGAUCGAAACGACUACUUCUCAUUUAAUGGAUCAACUGGACAAUUCUAUGGCAUUUGACUUUAUCGAAAAUAUCUGGGAACAUUUAGAAAAUACAAACUACCAAAUUCCGGUUCCAUUGAGAAGACCAUCAGGGGAUUCAUGGCCGGAAGAAAUUGUUAAAGCUUGGUUCAAAGCACAGGCUGAAGAUAGAAUUCGAGUUUUGGACGAAAGAGAUGUCUUUUUAAAUCCAUCGCCUGGCUCAUCUUUAUUGGCAAAUACAGUCGUAGCGAUGCUGGAUCAACUUUAUGAGGAAAACCCAACGCUUGAGGAUUAUAAUUACAAAAAUUAUAAAAGAAAAGUGGAAGAAAAAUGCUUCCCGUGUUCGAAUGAAGAUAUUUCCUCGUGUAUGAAAAUAUUAAAUAUGAAAGUUGAGCUAACGAAAACGAGGGAUCGAGAAAUUCAAGGAAGGAAGCAAAUUGGUGGAAUCAAGGAAGAAGCCAUUGACGACGAUAGCAUGUGGAAAAUGCUCGAUGAGCUUUCAAAUGAAAAACCAGAAGAGGAGACUGAUUGGGAUAUUGAAGAAGAUCUUGUGCCUGAAUUGAAGAAGGAAGAACAAACUAUCAGCAUUUGGGAUGAAAUCGACAAGAAAAAUAGAGAGAUCGAAGAAGAGCUAGCUGAAAAGGAUUCUUCUACUGACCUUUCUUGGGAUGACAUUGACAAACUCUUUGCAAACACUAAAUAA